CUCGUGAUACAUUCGCGAUUCGAGCUAAGCUGGGAAGGCACCGACGGGAUCGGGGCGUACGGAGACCUUGGAAACUCUCAUCUUUCUCCUCCCCCUGCUCGAGGAAGGUUUGGAUAACUAAGAUUUACAUCAGAAAGGAAAAAUGCUUGCUGUGCCAUACCAAGGAGACAAUGCGCUGUCCUUUCCCAGACCGAGGCCAGGCUCUGAGCUCGCGGUCCAUGCCCCAUUUCCCGCCGGAAAGCUUCGCACCUCUAGCCUUGAAUCACCCAUCAUGCUUCUAACCGGCCACCAGAGCGCCAUCUACACGAUGAAGUUCAACCCAGCUGGGACUGUUGUCGCCUCCGGCUCCCACGACAAGGACAUCUUCUUAUGGUUUGUUCACAGCGACUGCAAGAACUUCAUGGUUCUACAUGGCCACAAAAAUGCGGUUCUAGAUCUCCAUUGGACUUCCGAUGGGUCUCAAAUAAUCUCCGCAAGCCCCCAAGACGCUUCUGACAAGACGCUUCGGGCUUGGGACGUCGAGACCGGAAAGCAGGUGAAGAAGAUGGCAGAACACUCCUCAUUUGUCAACUCGUGCUGUCCAUCCCGCCGGGGACCGCCGCUGGUCGUCAGCGGCUCGGACGGCACAGCAAAACUGUGGGAUCUCCGGCAGCGCGGCGCCGUGCAGACAUUCCCGGACAAGUAUCAAAUCACGGCAGUCAGCUUUUCCGAUGCAUCGGACAAGAUAUUCUCCGGCGGGCUGGACAACGAUGUGAAGGUGUGGGAUCUGCGGCGAAACGAGGUCACCAUGACUCUCCAAGGACACGGCGAUAUGAUCACCGGCAUGCAGCUGAGCCCCGAUGGCUCCUACCUCCUAACCAAUGGAAUGGAUUGCACUCUGAGGAUAUGGGACAUGAGGCCAUAUGCUCCGCAGAAUAGAUGCGUGAAGAUAUUUUCCGGCCACCAGCACAACUUUGAGAAGAACCUCCUCAAGUGUGCGUGGUCGCCGGAUGGGAGCAAGGUGACCGCCGGCAGCUCCGACCGGAUGGUGUACAUCUGGGAUACUACAUCAAGGAGGAUACUGUAUAAGCUUCCAGGUCAUAAUGGAUCGGUGAAUGAGACGGCAUUCCACCCCACUGAACCUAUCAUUGGAUCUUGCAGCAGCGACAAGCAGAUUUACCUGGGGGAGAUUUGAAGGAACGGCUGUUUCCAAGGUUGAUGAGGUAAAUCUAAAAAUUUUAUUUGCCAGGAAAGUUUAAUAUUGAUAAUUUUAGUUGUUUAGUGGCAGACCUGCAAUUUUAUUUCUAGCUUGAGUGUUUAGGCUUUGUAUGAAAAAUUAUUACAGCAGCAAUCUGACCAAACUUGACCACAGUUAGUCUCUCCUGAAACUACUUGAAUUAUCCAAGCUUUGA